CCGACAAAUCCACGGUAAUAAACGCCCCGCGUUAGAUAAACCUUUUUAAAAUACACAAAUGUUCUAAUAUUUUAUCCGCUCCAUGCAAACAAACUGAACGCGCCUGUAAAAAAUACGUGCCGGAUCUAGAUGUAGACGGUGAGGAGGUCAUGAAUCUGGCAGGCGUGGUCGAGGGCUGGGCCAGCCUGCAAUAAACGUCAAAAAAACAGAGGGGAUGCAGAGGUCUAGGAAAACACAGACCCAAAACAACACCAUUCACGCUGGAAAACAAGACUAUUGAUCGAUCUCGUGGUGCUGUCUUGAUCUCUUGGUGCUGUUUCAGAUUCAUAAAGCGACUGUGCGCGUAAAGGACAAAGAGGAGAGAGGAUGCUGUAAGCCAUCUUACCUGCUCCCGCUUUGCCUGUCCUAUCCUUUUUCUCAGUUUUCUUCCUAUCCUCGUUCUCCUCUGUCCCACACUGGGGAAAGAAGAUGAGUCGGUCUCCCACCCCUAAAGGGACGCCGGUCCAGCACAGUCCCGUAGACGGAGAAUGUCUGGAGGGAGAAAUGAUCCAGUCUCCGCAGCAGUCCACGCCGUCCAGCGGCCUGAAGAAACGCGUCUCCAGCCUCCUGCAAAGCCCUUCCUUUCGAGAGGAGCUGGAUGUGUUGAUUCAGGAGCAGAUGAAGAAAGGAGGCAGUUCCUCCAACCUGUGGGCUCUCAGACAGAUCGCAGACUUUAUGGCCACUCACGGGUCUCCAGCCGCUCUGCCUGUCACUCCAUCCACCGUCACUAUCGUAACCCCCAUUAAUGAUCUGCACGGAUGGGAGCCGAGCACUAUGGUGAAGGGGGAGAGACUGAUGCGCUGUAAGCUGGCCAGUGUUCACCGCCUGCUGGAUCUGUACGGAUGGGCUCAACUGGCCAACACAUGCCUCACAAUGCGUGUUAGUAAAGAACAGGAACAUUUCCUGGUGCUGCCGGACGGUCUGGCCUACGGGGAGGUGACGGCCUCCAGUCUGGUGAAGGUGAAUAUUCUGGGUGAGGUGGUGGAGAAGGGCAGCACUGCUCUCGGAGUGGAUCUGUCUUCGUUCAGUCUUCAUUCUGCCAUCUAUUCUGCCCGACCUGACGUACGGUGUCUGCUGCACCUCCACACUCCAGCCACAGCCGCGGUGUCAGCCAUGAAAUGUGGCCUUCUUCCGCUGUCCCAUGAGGCUUUGCUGGUGGGCGAAGUGGCUUAUUAUGACUAUAAUGGAGUAAUGGAGGAAGAAGAGGAUCGAGUGGAGCUGCAGAAGAGCCUCGGCCCCACAUGCAAGGUGUUAGUAUUGAGGAACCAUGGGAUUGUGGCACUGGGAGAAUCAGUGGAGGAGGCCUUUUACACAAUCUACCACAUCCAGACCGCCUGUCAAAUACAGGUGGCAGCACUGUGCAGUGCCGGAGGAGAACAAAACCUUAUCAUGCUGGACCGCAACAUUCACCGGCCGGUUGCCAAAGGCACUGUGGGCUGGGCAGGAUCCACCUUUGGCCCCAUGCAGAAGAGCAGGCUGGGGGAGCACGAGUUUGAAGCUUUGAUGAGGACACUGGACAAUCUGGGUUACCGUACAGGAUAUGCCUACCGGUUCCCGGUUCUGCUGGAGCGCUCCAGAACCCGGAGAGAGGUGGAGGUUCCUGCCACCGUCACCUCAUUUUCCUUCCAUGAAGAUGGAGUUCAGCCUCACCCUCGUCUCCAUCCUCACACCCAGAGACAGCAGCAGAAGACCAGAUGGCUGAACACCCCAAACGUCUAUCAGAAAGUCAACCAGGAUCAGGCCAGCCCGGGACAUCGCACUACGUGGCAGAAGUCUGAGGAAAUCACACAAGGCAGUGGACGAGCCAUAAAGAUUGAGAAUCCGAACCAGUUUGUUCCUCUGUUCACCAAUCCAAAAGAAGUCCUUGAGACUAGAAAUAAGAUAAGAGAGCAGAAUCGUCAGGACAUGAAAACAGCCGGACCUCAAUCUCAAGUGCUAGCCAACGUCAUCACAGACAACAGUCCACCAUCUCCUGAGAUUGUUGAGCCUCCAGUUCCACCAGAGCCGGAGACUCCGAAUCCCUUCAAUGAGCUGACGGAUCAUGAGCUGGAGGAGUAUCGUAAAGAGGUCCAGCGCAAACAGCACGGCCAGCAGGACGGUGUGGAGGAGGUGGUGAAUGACACGGGGUCUUCCCCAACUACCUCCCCCAUAAAGACCCCAGCGGCGUCAGAUGGGAAAACUACAGAUGCUGUUCAGAACGAUAAAGUCGAUGAGAAGAAGCAGCAGGAGGAGCUAGAAAAGCAAAUGAAGGCGCUAUCGACCACUGACACUUCAGAAACCACGCUCUCAGCCCCACCCACAGCCCCGCCCAACAAGCCUGCAGGAAACACCCCUGAGGGCUCGCCAUCUAAAUCCCCAUCUAAGAAAAAAAAGAAGUUCAAGGCGCCCUGUUUUCUCAAGAAAAGCAAGAAACAGAAAGAGAAGGCAGAAACUUGAACUCUUACAGAUGCGUUUUCUUCACUAAUACUUCACGUCCACUGUGUAUCCAUUUACUGACCUUGCCAGCGGGAACCUUGAGGUCAAAACGAAAUCAAAUUGACAUCAAGUGAAAACACGACAAAAAUACAAAUCGAUUUGAUGCCAAAACUCAGCCUGAUCUCUCAAGGAAAUGCAAGUAUUUUACGUUUUGGCAGUUUAGUCGCUAAUUUCAAAUUAUUUUAAGUUUAGUCGUAUGAAAAUGUGCGUUUUUUUUUUUUUUUUUUUUUUUUUUUAAAGGAGGUGUGGCAUUAAACCCCACCCCUAAAUCCAACCGUCAUUGGUUGAUAAGCAAAUCGUACCAAAUUGCACGAAUGAGAUUGUACGAUUUCAUACAAAUUAGCCACUAAAUGAAAAAGGUAUGAAUUGCAGCGAGAUAUUGUUGGUUUUGUCAGUUUAGUAUGAAAAUAAGAAAGUAUAAAAAUAUUUGAAAGUUCAGUACUAAAAUGUAUGAUUUUUAAAAGGAGGCGUGGCACCAAACCCCACCCCUAAACCCUACCGUCAAUUGGGGGAUAAGCAAAUAGUACAAAUGGGAUCAUACGAAUUCAUACGAAUUAGUAUAUAAAUCAAAAAGUAAUGAAUUGCUGUGAGAUAGCGUUGGUUUUGUCAGGUUAGUAUGAAAACAUGAAAGUCUGAAAGUGCACAAAAACAUACAAAAGUGUAGUACAAAAAGUAAGAUUUUAAAAAGGGGGCUUGGGAUCAAACCCCACCCCUAAACCCAGAAAUCAUUGGGGGAUGAGCAAAUCGUAGUAAAUUGUACAAAUGAGAUUAUACUAAUUCAUAUGAUUUAGCCACUAAAUCAAAAAGUUUAGUCAGUUUAGUACGAAUAUGACAGAAAAUUUAGUAAAAAAAAUUACAUGGCACUAAACCCCACCCCUAAACUCAACUGUCAUUAAGGGGUGAGCAGAUCGUACUGAGAUUGUACAAAUUAGAUUGUACAAAUUAAUACCAAUUAGUCACUAAAUCAAAAAGUUACGAAUUGUCGUGAGAUAACUUCGCAAAUCGUUGACGUCCAGUUGACGACUGUGCAUUAAUGACACUUUGACCACCAAAAUAACAACACAAAACAUAUUAUACAAUCAAAAAAACAUACAAUUUCCAUCCAUUUGGAUUACAUUGUUUUAACGUAAUUGAACUAAUAAACUUUAUGUGACUGAUAUUUUUAGUUAAACUAUCGAAACAAGACCUUGAUGUCAAAAUGAAAUCAAAUUGACAUCAAAACAAAAACACAACAAAAAUGCUGAUUGAUUUGAUGUCCAAACCCAGCCUGAUCUCACGAGGAAGUGUAACUAUUUUACAUUUUGUCAGUUUAAUAGCUAAUUUGUACGAAUUCGUACAAGCUCAGUCACCCCUAACCCAACCAUCAUUGAGGGAUAAGCAAAUCGCACUAAAUUGUACAAACAAGAUACAAAUUGUCGUGAAUAGCGUUGCAAUACCUUGACGUCCAGUCCGUGCAUUGAUGCCAUUUUAGCCACUAAAAUAACAAUACAAAAAAUAUUAUACACACAAAAAAAUAGGUCUAACAAAUAAGAUGUAUGUAUUCUAAUUGCGUAUAAAGUUUCCAUCCAUUUGGAUUGCAUACUUUUAACAGAAUUGAACUAAGAAACUUUAUGUGACUGAUAUUUGUUAGUUAAACAUAAAUUAAACAAAUAAGAACACGAUUUAUGUAAUAAUAUCAAUAAAUCCAAUGUGUUUUAAAUGCUUCUUAUUAAUUUGAAACACAUUGGAUUUCAUCUGUUAUGACAAGCAUCAAUUUUGCCCCCGAAUAGUAAGUAAACCAAUCUCAUAGAAUUUAUCUAGUUGGAUCUGGCUUUUUUUCUACAGCUUUAGAUAUAUUUAUACAAUAUUCAUAUUUUUAACUGAUUAAAUCCAAUAGUAUUCGAUUCGAUAGUAUUUAGAUUGAUUCUACAACAUACAUAAAAAAACUGACAAGUUAAAUAAAAUCAAAAAGUUACAAACAGUUAAUAAGAAACCUGAUUCAUUUUUGAGUGUAAUAUAAGAAAAUGUUUAUUCAUCUCAAAGCUUCAAUUAUAAACUACAAGUUUACACUGAAUUUGUAAACCUACAAUGCUUGUUGAUUUUAAAAAAUUAAAUCAAAUUGACAUCUAAAAUGGGUGGCACGGUGGCUCAGUGGGUAACACUGUCGCCUAACAGCAAGAAAGUCGCUGGUUCGAGUCCCAGCUGGGCCAGUUGGCAUUUCUGUGUGAAGUUAGCAUGUUCUCCCAGUGUUCGAGGGGUUUCCCCCACAGUCCAAAUACAUGCGCUAUAGGUGAAUUAGGGAAGCUAAAUUGUCCGUAGUUUAUAAGUGUGUGUGUGAAUGUAAAAGUAUAUGGGUGUUUCCCAGUACUGGGUUGUGGCUGGAAGGGCAUCUGCUGCGUAAAACAUGUGCCGGAAUAGUUGGGUGUUCAUUCCUCUGUGGCGACCCCUCAUAAAUAAGAGACUAAGCCGAAGAAAAUAGUUUCAAAAAUCUAUUUUAGCAUGAUUAUAGGACUGUAAAAGAUUUUUGAUGAGUUUUUGCCUAUGUUAGAUGUCAGUUUGAUGUUGUUUUAACAUCAAGGUAGUCAAUUGAAAUCAAAUCGAUUAGCAUUUUUGACAUAGUUUUGUUUUGUGUGUCGUUUUUACAUCAGGGUGCCCGCUGGGUUCACAUGCCAUACAAGUUUUUAAUUAUGGUUUUGUGACCUGAAACACGUUUCUCAUUUCACAAUGCUUCACUGAUGCACAUUGAAUAUGUGACCCUUCCCUUUGCUUUAAAAUAAAUUGCACUUAGUAUAUGCAUUGAAGAAAAAAACAAAACAAGAAUGUGUCAUUGAGUAAGCAUUGAUUGUUCACAUCUAUCGAUUCUGAUUGUUGCUCAUUAUCAUGUUUAUAUACAUACGUGUGGCAUAACCGUGUUCUGAGUUGAUGAAUCUUUUUUUAAACAUCCUCCAUCUCACUUUGUUAUGAAUAGCAGGGAUUAAAACUAACCGAAAAUGAACCAAUCACUGGAAAUCAUGAUCGCAAUGGCUUGCAAAUAACACACACAUGUCUGAAGGCCAAAAUAAGCAAGAUCAUGGCUUGUUGCUGCAAAGAAAAUUCAACUUUAAAUGCACGAAAUUAUUCCACUCGUUGUUUUUUUUCCAAUUGUUAUUUUUUGGGGUAUAUUUAUUUUGUAUGUAUGCAGGAGACUUCUUUGCAGUUGUAAUUAUUUUUAUGAUCCGUCACUGUUAUUUAAAUGCUUUUGUGUGUAUAUUAGCUGGUUUAUAAACUUGAUUCCAUGUCAAUAUUAGAAUGUAAAAUGCUAGGAACGGAUGUAUCAUUCAUUAAAGUUCACAUCCAUGUUGA